AUGUUUUGAAUAUUAUCUAGAGGAUUAUCAUUAUCAUUUUAUAUCUUAGUAAUAAACCACUUCUUUAAUUUCUUUCUGUUAGAUAAAUCCAAAUUUCCACUUCUUUCGUGACAUAUUAAAUCCUGGUUAAUCACGAGACCAUCUCUACCUCUAAACUCCUCAUUACCAUCUUCUUCCUCGCCAGAGUCUUGCCAAUCUUCCUCUCAUUUUCUUCACCUCCUUCAAAUAAUGACUCUCUUGUUAUUCUUCUUCCAAUAAUCUGUAUUAUUAGUCAUGGCCUUCUUUUCAAGUUUAGCAGAAACGUGCAAAUUAUUCUUCAGCUCAGCCCCAUCCUUGGAGGACAGAUUGAUAAUCUUAAUACAGUUUCUCCUUCCUUUGAUAGAAACAGGGUUCUGGAGGAUGAGUCAUAAUUGUUAAGCUCUCAAUGCUAGAGCCUUCUCUGAGUGUCUUGGCUGGCUGUGAGAUCAUCCUCAUCGGGAUCUCAGUGAUGAGAAUGUAUUUUAAGGAGUUUUAAAUAGUUUUUCGACGGAUUCUUAGAAUAUGUGCAUUAUUAAUUGGUAAGGAUUUUCACUGAAAGUUUCAUUUGACUAGUCAAGCUA